AUGGCUGUGUUAAGUCUUUGUUGUUCUUCUGGAAGUUGAUGAAUUUAGCAGGACCUUGGCUGAGCAGCAGUCUGUGUCAUCAAUUCAUAACAUUUUGUGCAGCUGAUGGCUCCUCCUGUCACUUCCUUAUGUCCACGUCCCUGGCCCUAUGUGCAAUGAGGUUGAGGGGAUCAGUUUGUAAAGAGGCUUUGUUGUUGUUCCUUUGCUGGGGUUGCCCCGUUUUGGGGCCAUCCCCCCUGGAGCAGGGUGUCCCCCCUUGGUGCAGGCGCAGGGCUCAGGCAGGGCUGAGCCAAUCAGAGCGCGCGGCGCUGAUGACUCAUCAGUGUCCAGGCAGAGCCGCAGCUGCCAGCGUUCCCCAGCUGGAGCCCAGCUGCGCCCCUCCCCCCCGGGCCUUGGCGCCCCCCUGGAGGGGAAUUUGGGGAGAUGGGAGGGGGGAGCGCCAAGGCCGGGCCCCCCCGCGCUGUGGUGGCGGGAGCGGCUGCAGUGGGGAGCGAGUGCGGGCGGAAGCGGCCGAGAGCCCAGCGCUGCCCCAGGCCGAGCUGGCCCAGCUGCAUCCGUGCCCCUGCGGUGGGAUGCUGUGGGACUGGGGGGGAAGAGGGAGGCGGCAGUGGGUGCUGGGCCUGGGGGCAGGAGGAGAAGGGAAGGAGAAGCAGGGUUGAAGAACAAAACGGUCUAAGGAUUCACGUGGGAGGAGCAGGUGCAGGAGGAGGAGAAAUAGUAGGAGGAAGAGGAGUGGGAGGAAGAGUAGGGCCACAGGAGGAGGUGGGAGAGAAGGAAGAGGAAGCAGGACAACGUUCCAUUCUCCCUGUAUGUGCAGUUCCAGGAGUGUUGCCCUGGAGGUGACUGGGGAGGGGAUCCACGAUUUUGAUGGGGCUGAAUCUUGGUGUUUCUGAACUUUUUUGGGCUAAAUAUUGGUGCUUUGUUUUUUUGCAGGGGCUGAAUCUUUGUAUUCUGGAGGGGGUUUUGCCUGAAUUUGGUGUUUGGGUAGUUUUUCAUCAUUGUUUUGAUGUUUGGGCUGAAUCUUGGUGCUUUGCUUUGUUACAGACACAAGAUGCCCAAUGACUUCCUGAGAUGAACUUGGGCAUGGAGGAAUCCCCACCCCAAGGCGCUCUCCUCUCCUUUUCCUCCUAACCAGGAAUUUUCAUUCCCAAACUGUGUCCAGAUGGCAGAGGAGGAGAAAAAGCCCCAGAGAUCCUGCAUGAGGAGGGGCUGCAAACCCAGUCCAGGGAGCUGCGAGGAGGAAAGAUCCCCCCAGUGCCAGGAACACGGCCAGAGAUCCAGCCGGAGCUCAGAGCUGGGGGAGAAGCCCCACAAGUGCUUGGAAUGUGGGAAGGGCUUCAGGUACAGCUCCCACCUCAUCCAGCACCAGAGGAUCCACACUGGUGAAAAGCCCUAUGGGUGUGGGGAAUGUGGGAAGAGCUUCAGCCAGAGCUCCAGCCUGAGGAAUCACCAGAAGAUCCACAUGAGAGAACAACACUAUGAGUGUGGGAAAUGUGGGAAGAGCUUCAGAAAUAUCUCUGACCUGAUGAGACAUCAGGUGGUCCACACGGGGGAACGGCCCUACACCUGCUUGGAAUGUGGGAAGAGCUUUGGGUGGAGCGCCGACCUGAGGAAACACCAGCGCAUCCACACUGGGGAGAGGCCCUAUGAGUGUCCUGAGUGUGGGAAGAGGUUUCAGACCAGCUCCAAUGUCCUCAAACAUGAGCGGAUUCACACAGACGAGAGGCCCUUCCGCUGCCCCGACUGCGGGAUGAGCUUCAAACGCAACUCCCACCUCAUCAGGCACCGGCGCAUCCACACUGGGGAGAGGCCCUACGAGUGUCCCCAGUGUGGGAAGAGCUUCUCACGGAGCUCUAACUUGACCCGACACCAACGUAGGCACCAGUAAGGGAAGCCCUGCGAGUGCCCCGAGUGCGGGAAGAGCUUCGUGCGCUGCUCCAGCUCCAUCCCCCAUGGGAG